AUGGCAGGGACCAAGAUUUCUCAACCAGAGAGCACAGAGGGCAGCGCAUGUCCCAGCAUACAAGAGCUCGAGCAGCUCCUUCAGAGUGGGCGGGCUUCCUGCAGCCACGUGGAUGAAGUCUGGCCAAACCUCUUCAUCGGAGAUGUAACUACAGCAAAUAACCGAUUUGAGCUGUGGAAAAUGGGCAUCACCCACAUCUUGAAUGCAGCCCACGGCGGGAUGUACUGCCAAGGGGGAGCCGACUUCUAUGGCAGCAGAGUUCACUACUUUGGGGUGCCCGCCAGUGACCUCCCCAGCUUUGACAUCAGUGUCUACUUCUCUUCUGCUGCAGAAUUCAUCCAUGGAGCCCUGAGCACGCCUGGAGCGAAGGUCCUGGUGCACUGCGUGGUGGGGAUGAGCCGCUCGGCCACCCUGGUUCUGGCCUACCUCAUGAUUCAGCACAGGCUCUCCCUGGUCCAGGCCAUCGACACGGUGAAGGAGCGCCGCUGGAUAUUCCCCAACCCCGGCUUCCUCCGGCAGCUGCGUGAGCUCGAUGGGCAACUCCGGCACCCAAAAGGCCAGUGA